UGUCGAUCGACUUUUGCAGUAGGUCAUUUCUGGUACAUGUAAGAGCGGGGCUACACGGGUGGUCAACGACACGAAGAGUAAGAUGACGGGAAGAGGGCACCAAGCCUAGGACCGGAAAUUUUGGAGAAAGUUGAGCGGCGUCGGGCGGUCUGGACCGCCUCUUACGCAGACGGAGCCAAAAGCAGAAAGAAGGGGCGCGCAAUGGGCAGCUCGAAUUGCACGGAGAGAUUGCGUCGGAUGGAAAGCGCCGAGAUUCCAAAUCAAGGCGAAGAAUCCUGGCUUCAUUUGCGCUUCAUACGCCCAGCUUGGCGCUCAUCUGUCCUCCUUCUUCUUGUCGCGCGACUCCUUCCACUUCUCCAUUCCUUUCUCGAGCAUCGCGCCAGUGACAGCACCGAGCAUUGCGUCUUGAAUACGUUUGCCUCCACCGCCGCUAGUCUUCUUGCUCUUAGCACUGCUGUCGUCGCUGCUCACACUGCCCGAGCGGGAUCGAGUGUCGCUGCGAGCUUGUCCGCUUCGAUGCUUGUGGCGACUCUUCUUGCCGGUAUCGUCCCAGCCUUCGGCAUACCCGCGCUGCAGGUAGGCCUAUAAAAAGCAAAUUUUGUCGAAGGACGUCAACCUUGAGUUGACACAAACGCUCACUUGCCCAUCGAUGGCAGUAUCAUCGAGAGAUCAGUAAUAAUUGUAACAUCAACAGCGUUCUUGCCUCACAAGAUGUUUAGACAAAUAUCGACAUCAUCGACUUGUC